AUGCGCAGUGCGCAGCUUCUGUCGGUCAUGUGCGCAUACUUGUGCUUCGCCAGGCAGCCAGGGGCGCUAUCUGUAUCCACCAAGGGCGUCUUCAUAACGACAGGGCCUGAGUAUAAUGACGUCAUUCCCGAUGAUCCACCCUUGAGCAUAGACUCUGCCUAUGAAUGUGGCAGGCAAUGUGCGGGAACCGAAGAAUGUACGUCCUUUUUAAUGGAGCCAAGUAAGAGGCUCUGCCAUCUGUCAAAACUCAAUCGCUGUGUAACUAAAGACAAUAUACUCGUUAAACGGCCUGGUUUCUAUUACUACGAGGUUUUACCCCACGACGAAACCAACUCCACGGAAACCUGCUUCGCCCUUUGCCUCAAGGAGCAAUCUUGCGGGGACUGCGGACGCCCACAUUGCACGGGGAAGUUUUGUGACAUCUGCACCAGCUACUGUUGGGACAUCCCAGGGGGUUACAACGGCUCCAUCUUUCUCUGGAGCGACGAGCUGGCCAGAGUGAAGAAGAGGUGCUUUAACACGUGGGAGGCCUUGUAUACCUCAGGUGUAGACGACUUGGGAUCGGUGUCCACUCCGAGGAUUCCAGUGAGGCUCCGCCUCAAGGUCAUGUACCAGUCAGGCCAGUCGGUGUCUUCGGACUUCGAAUCGAUGGAGCUUGCCGAGGGCAAGCUAACAGUCGGGAAGUACAUAAAAGGGCCAGCUGGGAAUUACUGGAAAGCUCCCUUCCAGGAUCGGCUGAGGACCUCCUAUCCCAACACCACCUGCAGAGCCUUCUUCUACGAGGAUCUGGACUCCUGCCAGCUCAGAGGCGAACAGGAAAUACAAUUCGACGAAGAUGGGAACGUCCUCAAACAGGGCUUCGUUUGGCUGACUCCGGAUCCGGAACUCAACAGUCAGUUAGUGACAGGGAUAGAAUUCUGGAUACAGAAGAUAUGAGCUCCUAAGGUUUUCUUGUCCUGUUUUGGUGAGUUUGGCUUUGGAAUUCUGUCUGUACUUCUGUGUUUAUUUUCUUUCAUAAAUUUCCUUCUUUGAGAGCCUGAGUAAUUUAGACAGUAUUGUAUUUCCCUUAUCUUUUAAACUGAUUGUUAUGGAAUGGGGAAAAAUACUAUUACAGGUUCUACUGUCUCGUAAUACUAAAAAAAUAAGAGUAAUGAUAUAUUUUAUCAUGAAAUAAUUACAAAGUUAAUCACA